CCUCUUUAUGAGCGGCCAGGUGACGCCCGUUGAAGUGUGGAACAAAGAAGACACGGCAGUUGGAUUGCGGCUGGAUCCCGACUCGUGAGCUCGUCAUGGCCGCCCGAACUCCCUUGACUGCAAUAAUGAACGGCCUUUCGUCAGAAUAGUAGAGUGACUGCGACUUGAGCUGCAACACUAGGACCGCUGAAGGCAAAACAAUAAUGCCUCCAAGUGGUUUGGCUUCGUGGCUGGCCUGCUUCGGCCAGCCGACCAGUAGUCAGCCAAAAGCGCAUUCCAGGGAUCAUCCGAGACAUGCAGUAACGAAGGAGUUGCCGCCUGAGCGAGCACAGAUUCACGGUCAAGUCGCGACUUCAGGUCUCGCGGAUUGUCAGGCUGGAACAACAGCCCCUGAGACUGACCCUUUGGGUUUCCACACCGUGGGCCCCGCCAGAGCCCGACCCGAGCCGCACCCGCAGAACGCGUGGUCGGUCUCCUUCAAUGGUACAUCGUACGGUGGCGCUUGCAAGCAUGUAGCGCCUGGUGAGGACCGCAGCAGCGUUCAGCAUGCCGGCGCGAGCGGCGAGCGCUCCAGCGCGCCCACCGAGCCGACAGCAGAGCGGGCGGCGGCGCUGCGCGCUGCGGCUGACACCGCCGCGGCGGGGGCUGUGCCCAAGCUCUCCGAACCUGGCGCCUACGUGCCUACGGCUGCAGCUGCAAAGGCCGAGCUCCCAGCCAGAGCCGCUGCAGUAGCAGCUGCUGCUGUGGCCUCCUGGCCAUCGCGCGAGCAGGCGCCUCAGGCGGCAGCUCCGGCUGGGCGGCUCCCUGGGGAGCAGCCGCGCACGGCACAGGUCAGCGUGGAGAUAGAGCCGCAGGAGGAGGCUGGCAGAAUCAGCCGCUGGCUAGCAGCACAGCCUGCACAUGGCAUCCCGCCGCCGGCGGAUGAAGCACCCGCCGCCUCGGCAUAUGCGACUGCCGGUGGGGACGGGCUGCAGAGGAAGCAGCGGAGCAAGCGAGUGGCGGAGGACGGAGGAGGGCCCCGCGGCGGGGAUGAGGGCGAGAGCGUCCCACAAGACGAGGCGCUCGCUGCGGUUCUUGCGGCCGCCGAGCGCACUGACGCCUGGGUGGCCAGCACUUUGCCCUCCGCCCGCCACACCGCGUCUGGUGGAUCCGACGUGCGCGGCGGCACAGCGCAUCAGCAGCCCACCGCGCAGCACACGUCCAGCAAGCGCCUGCUCUCCACGCGGCCCUCCUCAAACCGCGUUUCCGGCGCCCUGGCCGCCGAACCGGCGCCCGCAGCGGCCAUGGCUGCGGCGGCUCCAGUCCUGCGCAUCUCGGCCAGCGGCCGCCACCUGCAACAGCAGCCGCAGCCGCAGCGCCAGUCCACCUCUGGCGCCCUCAACUCCGCGGCGGCCACCGGAGGCAGCAGCAGCAGUCGCCGGGCGCCGCUGACCAAGGGCCCCAGCAUGCGUCAUGACCUACUGGGCCUCGCGCUCACCGAGCUGCAUGACAUUCUGGAGGCCGCGCCGUCCGCAGCCCCGCACCCGGCACAUGACGCCGGAGCCGAUGUUGGAGCCGCAGCCGCGGCAGCACACCACGGCAACGGCCGUGCCAGCGACACCGGUCUGAGUGGCAGUGGUGCGCGCGGUGCUGUCAGCAACGACCCGCACGAGCUGGGCAGGGCGGUGCUGCAGGUGCUACACAAGAUGCCCAGCAGCCGCCAGGCCAUGGAUGCGGCAGCGGCGCCGGCGCAAGCCAACCCCGUGCACAAGGCCCACAGCAGCCGCGCCAUUGCCUCCAAGGCCCACAGCGCCAAAGCCAUGCUGGCCAUGACGCCCAGCGCCCGAGACUUCGCGCCGCACCCCAGCGGAGGCGGCGCACAGCCCGCCGCCGGUGCGUCUGGGGCACCCGGUGCGACCCGGACAGCGCCGGCCGCGGCCUCAGCGGCGGGCGUGGUGCAGCCGGUUGAAGCCCACAGUUCCGCGGCGGUCCACGCUGGGGCAGCGGCGGCACCCAUCGGGGUUGUGCUGGAAGACGACGACGGUGAGCAGCAGGCGUCGGGCGCCCCGGCCCGCACGGCUCCGCCACCUCGGAAGGCGGCGACUUUCCGCAAGACCCACUCACAGGCGCGCCGCCCGGACGCCGCCGGCCGCAGCAGCAGCCACAAGGACCUGAGUCGGCGCGUGGCCCCCCGCGCUGACGAGCUGGACACCACCAACCGCGGGCUGCUGGAUGGCGAGGACGCCGCGGCGGGCCGCACGCUAGUGCGAGUCAUGAAGCGCUUCAGCGAGUCGGGGCCCGAGGCGGCGGCGCAGUACGUGGCUGGCGGCGGCGCCACAUCCUCUGCAGCUGCCGCGCCGCGGAUCAAGGACGUGGCGGCGCAGCGGUGCUUGCAGGAGGGCAUGCUGCUGUCAGCCGCCCUGCGCCUCAACAGCCAGCGGCACCCGCAGGAGCAGGUGCAGCACAAGCAGCAAUCUCUGCAGGAGCGGCCGUUGCGCAAGACGGUGUCAACGCGGCAGCAUUAGGUGUGGUGUGUACCAUAUCAGGGAGGUGGCGGAUGGGUUGUUGCUUCCAAGCGCACGCUCACCGGGACCGGCGGCCAGGCACCAGUGCUAUGAUAAGGGCCACCCCAGUAGUAGUCCAGCAGUUGUUCAGGGACGAGGUGCUUGACUGCGCAUUGGCAUGGUUGUGACUGCAGCAUUGUCAGGGUGCUGCAGUACAUGUCCAGAACUGCGGGUUCGUAAGUUAACACACCGCGCCCGUUAUCACCUUACUUGACGUAUUUCAAAGACUUUGUGCGUCGCUUGGGAACGCGGCCACUGUGGAAAGGGUGUCGGCUACCGCUCCGCCGGGGCAACAUGCCCCCCGUGGAGCUGGCACACAGCAGCGAGUGUAUCAGCGAUGGUCCACUGGCGAGGGUGCUGUCAUUAUGUGUUGGGCAGUCGGCAGGCCAAGAUAAUAGCGUUUGUGUGUCGUUGCUUGCUUGAGUAGUCGUCUGAUGGCAAACACAGGUGGUGGUGAGGGUAUUUUGGCAGGCACCGUGGGCUGGCAUGGCAAUUAAUCCGAUGAGUUGUUGUUGUGGCAGGGUUGCUUUUUCCAUUGCUUCUCCGCGAGCGCCACGUAAUAUUACUUGCUAUCCCUAUUGCGGCGGCGGCAGCGGCGGCGGUGCCGGCGGCAGCAGCGGGGGCGCGUGCGCGCAUUUUGGUAGCGGAGGGGGCGGGAAAGGCCAGGUGCAGGAGGAGAGCGCAGCACCGCCCAAGAAGCAGCGCAAGCGCGCAGGCUGACGAGCCGGCUGGUGUCUAGGUAGCGGUCCGCGGUGGGGCUGGCAGGGCAUGCGUAGCGGCAUGACAAAUAGUGCGGCUGUUGACAACUGUGCUGCGUCUGGCUGCGGUUAGCUCUGCUGUGGCAUCGCGAUUGCUAGGCACCGGGUUUGGCUAUGUGCCUGUGGAAACCGACCCCGGCUAUGUCCGGGCGAUGAGGUUGUUCGGCCUCAGACUGUGGAGGGGCUCAGCCUCUUUUCCCGUGACUGGGGAACACUUGUCCAUUGCUUCAUCUAGACGUGCAUUCAUAGGCUGUUGCAAGUGAUGUUGCUCCGCAGGGUUGCAUUCCAGAUGCAGUGUGCUAGUUCCUCACGUGCAGUUGCUUGCCUGUAGCGUACAUGG